UUGGCGCGACUGCGAGAGCCGGAGCGGGAGCCGGAGCCGGAGCGAGGUUUCGAUCGCGGGGUCCGGUGACCGGAGGCUGCGCCGCUCUCGUCUGGGGAAGGCGGCGGGCGCUGGCCUGGCCGCCAGUGUCUUACACAAUGAUAGAAGAUGAGCUGACACUCUUCGAUAAAAGCAUAAAUGAAUUUGGUAAUAAGUUCAAAAAUACUCUAAGCGACGUCCCCUGUCACAUGGUAGGGCUAAGAGAUGCCUACAAGGACUCCAUUAAAGCACUUUCAGAAAAGCUGUCUGUGAAAUUAAAGGAAGAAGAAAGAAUGGUUGAGAUGUAUAUGGAGUAUCAAAAUCAGGUCUGCAGACAAAAUAAACUCAUUCAGGAAAAAAAAGAUAACCUACUAAAGCUGAUUGCUGAAGUAAAAAGCAAAAAGCAGGAAUUAGAAGUGUUGACAACAAACAUCCAGGAUCUUAAAGAAGAAUACUCUAGGAAGAAAGAAACUAUUUCUACUGCUAACAAAGCUAAUGAAGAGAGGUUGAAAAGGCUACAGAAAUCUGCAGACUUGUAUAAAGAUCGACUUGGACUAGAAAUUAGAAAAAUUCAUGGUGAUAAACUGCAGUUUAUAUUUACUGGUAUUGACCCUAAGCAUCCUGAGAGCCCAUUUAUGUUUUCUCUGCGUCUAAAUGAAGCAAGGGAAUAUGAAGUGUCAGACAGUGCUCCUCAUCUUGAGCGCCUAGCAGAAUUUCAAGAGAAUGUGAGGAAGACCAACAAUUUUUCAGCGUUUCUUGCCAAUGUGCGGAAAGCUUUUACUGCUAUGGUUUAUAAUUAAUGUAGAGAUAGCAUAUGAAACGGUUUUGGUUUCUUUUUCUUUUUUAUUGUGUAUCUCCCAAAGAAUUCUUAUCUCUUGCCUGCCUGUAAUUCUUUGGUGUGUUUCUGAUGUCUAUGUGUGGUGUGAAGAAAACCAGAAUACGUUGCCCCUAAAUUCUCACCUUCCACAAUUCCCCACCUCUGGAAGCCAAACCUGCUCUCCUUGUCUUGUCAUAUCUCCAAAACGAGACUGUCCUUUGUUGAAGAUCCUGUGUACAGCAGAAUUCUAAACCACUGUUGAGGUUUCUCGUGCCUGACACACACUGUAUAUAUUAAUAAACUUGCUUGAUUGUCUCUUGUUAA